AUGGAGGAACAAGAAUUACCUAUUCCACAAAACCUUGCAAAAGAACCACAGGAGGAAGCAGAGCAACAAGUUCAAGUUCCAAAAGUCAUGCACCCUUUACCCAAGAUACCUCCACCAUUUCCCCAAUGUUUGAAAAAGAGGAAUGAAAACGAGAAGUUCAAAAAGUUCUUGUCAGUGUUCAAGAAAUUAUCCAUUAACCUCCCUCUGGUGGAAGCAUUGUUGGAAAUGUCGGGAUACGCCAAAUUCAUGAAAAAGCUAGUCAUAAAGAAAAGGAGCUUGGACUAUGAAACUAUUGAAGUACCCCAUAAUUGCAUCCCAAUUAUGAUAAAAGAGCUAAAAACUAAGAGAGAAGAUCCUGGGGCAUUCACCAUCCCGUGCACCAUUGGAGCAAGCUUCAACUUAAUGCCAUAUGCAAUUUACAAGCAGCUUGGUUUGGGUGAACCAAAGAUAACCACAAUGAGACUCCUUAUGGCGGAUCGAUCAAUCAAGCAUCCAGUGGGGAUACUGUAUGAAAUCUUGGUAAAAGUAGUUUCGUUCAUCUUUUCGGCUGAUUUUGUGAUUUUAGAUUCUGAGAUCGAUGCUGAAAUCCCUAUUAUUUUGGGAAGACCAUUCUUAGCAACCGGGAGGGCAUUGGUGGAUGUCGAAAGUGGGAAAUUGAAGUUUCGGGUGAACAAUGAUGAGGUAACCUUCAAUAUUUGCAAAUCCAUGAAACAACCAAGUGAUAUCCAUGUGGUGCCAACAGAGGAUGUUAAUGAUGAAGCGGUGGAAAGUGUGAGCCAUUUGAUGCGAAAGAAUGAACCCCUUAAAUCUGUGCUUAUGAUGGAUCUAAAGUUCAAGGCCAUGAUGAAGUGGUGCUGCCUUAUCGGGAUUAGGAGUAUAUCAAGGAAUCCAAUCAAGUUGGAUAUCGACCUGAAAAACAGAGAAAGCCCUCCUGCAAAGCCACCAAUUCAGGAACCGCCAAAUUUAGAAUUAAAAGCACUACCCUCUCAUCUCAAAUAUGUCUUCUUGGGAGAAAAUAAUAAUUUCCCGUGA